UUAUAAUACACUUUGCGCCGCAUUUUGUACGCUACGUAAAGUGAAAAGAAAUUUCGUACAAGAAAAAAGACUCGAAAUUUCAACAAAAUUUUAUAAAUCAAUUAUUAUUUUAAUUGUAAAUCCAACAGACAAAGCAAAAAAUGGUCAAAGAGAAGAAACAAUUUAAUAUUGGCGAUUUGGUUUUUGCCAAAGUUAAGGGGUAUCCAGCAUGGCCGGCCAAAAUUACAAAGUACAACAACAAAAAAUAUAAUGUAUACUUUUAUGGAACUGGUGAGACAGCCAACAUUAAGGUGGAGGAUCUUUUCCACUACACCGAAAACAAAGAAAAAUUUGCCACGGACAAGAACAUGAAACGAAACAAUUUCCGUGAAGCCAUUGAUCAAAUAGAGGCGGCUUCCAAUGGCGAAGAUUCGGCGCCUAUUGAUUUACCAACCGUGGCGGCUGAAGGUGUUGUUGCUGAUGUUUCACAAGCAGAAGAGGCCUUGGAAAAUACUAUGGAUGAAAGUGCCAUUAAUAAUACGACAGUAGAUGAUUCGCAAAUAAUGGAAGCCGUAAAGGAACAGGAAGAAGUGGUCGAGAAGAAGCUGAAAGAAGUGAAAGUGGAAAAGGAGGAGAAGAAUGAAGCGGAUGUCGCAUCUACUACCAUUGUUACUGACGCUGGUGAACCCGUGAGUCGAAGUGGACGUAAAAUUAAAGUGAAACGUUACAUAGAUGACGUUGGAGAUUCAUCGAAUUCGAUGAAUGCUCCACCAGCUAAGAAAAAAGUUUCACCAGAAGGAAUUUCCACUCCUGAUCCUAAACCAAAAGCAGCUAAGAAAACCUCUAGCAAUGCCAAUGCUAAACCGAUGGCUACCGUUACACCCACUGUCAAGUCGUCCAAUAAAUCGGAAGUUCAAAACAAUCUUCUGUUGGCCUUUAUACCACCAGCCAAAUGUAUUGGCAUUAAAUUGGAUUAUCAGAAGCCAGCAAUGUUUGAUUCGCCCGAAGCCAAACGUUUGUGGGAAGAGGAAGCUCUCAAAGAGGCAGAAGAACUUAAAGCAAAGCUUGAAAUGGGUUCAAUAAAAAUCGAUUCAGUUAGGGAGCGUAUCGUUAUCAAUCCUUCGCGAUCGAAAAUACACCGUGAAGCAAAAGAUCGUUUCACCAGUGAAAUGAUUGAACAGGAAGAUGCUCUAUUGGUCGAACGAGACUUUAUACAACUCUCGCAACAGCUGAGAGAGUGUUUGGGCUUGAAACGGGCCGAUGUCGAUCGUUGUUUGGAUAUACUGAAGCAAUAUAAAGAAUUUCAAUUAACCAAGUUGAUGCUUUUACGUAAUCCCGACUGUGUUGAUAGUAUACGCCGUCUCCGGCGUUAUAUUGGUAAUUUGAAGCAAUGGAAACUAACGGAAGAGGAGGAAAAUGUUUUUAAAGCUAAAGCAGAAAUCAUACGUUACGAAGCAGUAUUGAUUUAUAAUAAUUUCAAGAAAAUAUUUGGUCCCAACACUUCCACUCACUUUUGGGAGGAAUUUUGCAAUCAAGUUCAGGCAUACAAGGAGAAUACCAAGCAUAUAAAUGAUCAAAAUCGCUUGAUACUAACUGAAAAGAUAUACAAAGCCUUGUCUAAUAAAUACACAAAAUCCAAUAAGUCAGACAACAAUGUUGAAUCUGAUGGUAAAUCUGUAAAGGAAGAAGUCGCCAAAGAAAGUGGCGCUGAGGACGAAGAUAAAACCGAUAAACCAGUUGAAAAAGUGGAAACUGCUAAAGCAAUGGAAACUGAUGAAGUGACAGAAGAGCAAGAACCAGCAGCAUUAGAUGAGGAAACAGCAGUUGACAAUCCCACAAACACUGAAAUAGCCGUGGAGGCCAAUUAGGCUGGCAUAUAUGUUAAUUUUAAAAUAUUUAGUAAUUAGUUGUAAACAACAAUAGGGUUUUACUACUUUUACAUAUAACAUACACACUUUUAUUAUUUCUCCUUUUUUUAAUUUGAAUUCAUAAUAGUUUUUCUUUACAUUCAUUUUUACCUAUUUUGUUUAAAACGACGUAAAUAAUUUGUCAACUCUACUACCCAUUUAUUGUAAGUUAUUUUAGAAGUUUAAUACUGAUAUUUAACGUUUUUUCCAAAAAAAAAAAUCAAUUUACGCUAAUAAUAACGUAACACUCAAUAACGACAACUUUUUUUAUAAUUUUAACUAUUACUUUCUCCAUGAGAAUGUGUGUUCUUUUUUUUGUUUAAAGAAAAUAAUUAGUUAUCAUUUGUUUAAGAACUUUUUAAAACACACAUCAGUGUGACGCCGAUAUAAUUAAUGUUUAAACGUUUACAAUCAAUCAUAAAACAUUGUUUAUAUAAGAGAAUUUCAAUAUUAAUAUACGAUUACAUAUACAAUACAUAUAUUUAAACAAAAAUCCUAUGAAAAUAAAUAUAACAAUAAAAAUACAUAAA